CCUAAGAAUUUUGCCUGGACUUUGGGUUCACAGCUCUCCUGAUCAUGCCCCUGUUUGGCUUUUUACUCUGGACCACCCUGCUAAUCAUGGGCUGGCGGCCAUCCUACUCCAAGGAUUACCUAUUUGCUGCGCCAAGGGUGCAGCUCUCUUUCAAAGAGCUCAAGGCCACUGGCACCGCCCACUUCUUCAAUUUCCUGCUCAACUCAACGGACUAUCGUAUCCUGCUGAAGGACGAAGAUCAUGACCGCAUGUAUGUGGGGAGCAAGGACUACAUCCUGUCUCUGGACCUUCACGACAUCAAUCGGGAGCCCCUGAUCAUCCACUGGCCUGCAUCCCAGCAAAGAAUAGAGGAGUGUAUCCUAUCAGGGAAGAACAGCAAUGGCGAGUGCGGCAACUUCAUCCGCCUUAUCCAGCCCUGGAAUCGAACUCAUCUAUAUGUGUGUGGCACUGGGGCAUACAAUCCCGUUUGCACCUUUGUCAAUCGGGGCCGUAAAGCACAGGCUUUUGAGCUGAACCAGUCCAUCCAGCAGGGAGGACGGGGAAGUAGAGCAGUUGACUCCUCCCUCCACCCGUCUCCAGUGGAACGCAAGGAUUACAUAUUCUACAUGGAGCCACAGACACUGGAGUCAGGAAAAGGGAAAUGCUCUUAUGACCCGAAGGUAGACACCGUGUCAGCAUUAAUCAAUGAAGAACUCUAUGCAGGCGUCUACAUUGACUUCAUGGGCACUGAUGCUGCCAUCUUCCGUACCAUGGGCAAGCAGACCGCCAUGAGAACUGACCAGUACAACUCGCGCUGGCUAAAUGACCCUGCAUUUGUCCACGCACAGCUCAUCCCAGACAGUGCUGAGCGGAAUGAUGACAAGCUCUACUUCUUCUUCCGAGAGAAAUCCACCGACGCCCCACAGAGCCCUGUUGUCUACUCCCGCAUCGGUCGCAUUUGCCUGAAUGACGAUGGAGGCCACUGCUGCUUGGUUAACAAGUGGAGUACAUUCCUGAAGGCGCGACUUAUUUGUUCUGUGCCAGGGCCUGAUGGGAUUGAAACACAUUUUGACGAACUCCAGGACGUCUUCAUCCAGCAGACCCAGGAUGUGAAGAACCCCAUCAUUUAUGCUGUUUUUGCUGCUUCUGGGUCUGUAUUUAAGGGCUCUGCAGUGUGUGUCUACUCCAUGGCAGACAUCCGUAUGGUCUUCAAUGGGCCUUUUGCACACAAGGAAGGCCCCAACUACCAGUGGAUGCCUUACACAGGCAAAAUGCCCUACCCUCGACCUGGCACUUGCCCAGGAGGGACAUUCACUCCAUCGAUGAAAUCAACCAAGGAUUACCCUGAUGAGGUUAUCAAUUUCAUGCGCACUCACCCCAUGAUGUACAAUGGUGUGUACCCCAUACACCGCCAGCCACUUGUGGUGAGGACCAACGUCCACUACAAGUUCACAACCAUUGCCGUGGACCAGGUGGAUGCAGCUGACGGGCGCUAUGAGGUGCUUUUCCUGGGCACAGAUCAAGGCACAGUACAAAAGGUUAUAGUUCUGCCUAAAGAUGACAUGGAAACUGAGGAACUGAUGCUGGAAGAGGUGGAAGUGUUCAAGGUUCCAGUCCACAUCAAGACCAUGACUAUCUCUUCCAAAAGGCAACAGCUCUAUGUGUCUUCAGCCAUUGGGGUGACACACUUGGCUCUUCAUCGCUGCGAUGUGUAUGGGGAAGCCUGCGCUGACUGCUGCCUGGCCAGGGACCCCUACUGUGCCUGGGAUGGCAAGUCCUGCUCCAGAUACUCUGCUUCCUCCAAGAGGCGGAGCAGACGUCAAGAUGUCCGACAUGGCAACCCCAUCCGUCAGUGCAGGGGCUACAAUUCUAAUGCCAGCAAGAACACAGUAGAGGCCGUCCAGUAUGGGGUAGAGGGAAGCACAGCCUUUCUGGAGUGCCAGCCUCGCUCUCCUCAGGCCUCCAUCAAAUGGCUGCUCCAGAAGGACAACAGUGACCGGAGGAAAGAGCUGCGCACGGAAGGGCGGGUGCUAAGGACAGAGCAGGGGCUGCUGCUGCGAUCCUUGCAGCUCUCCGACGGAGGCCUGUAUUCCUGCACAGCCACAGAGAACAACUUCAAGCACACGGUGGCCAAAGUGCAGCUGCACGUACUGAGUAGCGAAACCGUCCACGCGGUGCUUUUCCAGUCAGAGGCUCCUGCCCCUUCUGCGGCAGCCAUGCGAGCCGGCCUGCCGGGCACCCUCAGCUCCCACUACCAUGACCUGGUGCAGCUGCUCACCCAGCCUGAGAUGGGACUCAUUAACCAGUACUGCCAGGGCUACUGGCGGCACGUGGCCUCCAGCCACAAGGAGACUCUGGCUGGGCUCAAAGCCAAGGAGCUGCAUGACCAGAAGAAGCCCCGGAAUCGCCGGAACCACCAGCCAGAUACGGAUCAACACACAUGAAACUGACCAAGGGACUAUGUAAUGACAAUGCUUUAUUCCCCCCAUUUUAAUAUUAAAAAAUAUCUAUAAAUAUAUAUAUAUAAAUAUAUAUAUAU